AUCUAUGGGGGAGAGUUAUCAAAACUUGUGCAAAGGAAAAGUUGCCCAUAGAAACCAAUCAGAUCGCUUCUUUCAUUUGGCAGAGCCUUGUUAAAAAUGGGCAACUGGGCAACUUUUCCUCUAGACAAGUUUUGAUAAAUCUCCCCCAAUGUGAACGAAGCCAAACUGAGCCAAAACGUCGGUGUGAACGCGGCUGGAAGGCCCUGGCUGCUUGGAGUAGGGAUUGCUGGGUCCCCAGGUGUUUGGGAUGGUUGUGGCUGAUCUCCUGCAGGACUGAGGUGAGGACUAUAAGAGGACCUACAGCUCCAGCUCAUGUCUCUCUCCUGGAGUGGCCAUGCUAUUAGUUUAGGUGCUCCAGAUCCAGAAUAAUCCAUUCCUCCGCUUCCAGCAGUGAUCCAGAACUCUACUAGACUCCAGAAGACCAAGUGUUCUACACGAAAAACCAUAAAGCACCAAUGGCGCAUAAAGUGGAUCAGCCUCGAACGCUCCUUCUGGCAGUGGAGAAGAAUUUUACAGUCAAAAUCGGCUUACCACCCAUGAACCCAAGGGAUGACUUUAACGGCAGGGCGGCUGUUCUUGGAAAGAUUAAUAAUGUCAGCCAUAUAGCCUGUAGUCCAGAUGGUGAACUCUUCUGUAUCUGUGGUGGAGACCUGUACAGAGGUCCAAUGCCUUCCAAUAUAGAUGUCAAUUGGUUUUCGGUGGCGCGAAGAGUUGGAAAAGCUGUAUGGAACAGAAUUGUCCUUAUGUUCUUCCACCCCAAGGGAGAUUUCUACGUCACCACAAAUGAUGGAGAAUUUUAUAAGGGUCCCCCACCAGAUAAUGAGCAUGUACCUUGGAUCUAUGAUCAGGCGAAAAGAAUAGGACAUGGUGGUUGGAAGCAGUAUGAAGCCUUGUUCUUCAGUCCAGAAGGCAUUCUAUACGCUGUGGGCAAUGAUAAACUCUUCAAGGCUCCACCACCUACUGAGGAAAGUGUCCAAUGGGAUUCUUCAUGUACCUGUAUUGGAGGCAGUGACUGGAGCAGACUCACUCACUUUAUAUCCUUUAGUCCUGAUGGAAAACUCUGGGCUGUAGAUAAAUGGAACGGACACAUCUUCAGAGGAAACCCACCAGCCCAAGAAGACCAAAACUAUCGGGCACAGGCUCAGGAUCUGGGAUCUAACUAUAAUGUAUAUAGGUUUCUGGCAUUUACAAAAGAUGCGACAAUCCGGAAAAUUGUGAAUUUUCAAUUCCUGGUUGACCAGGCGCAACUAUUGUCUCAAGCCCCCGAGGUGUUACAGGAGAAGAUCUACGACAACCGAAAGAGCAGUUGUACCCUGACACACACACUUGCGUAUGUAUUCUUCUAUAGGCUGAUGUUACUUUUAGAAGCAGAUACUUGGGAAUUUCUUAGAACACCCUCCCCCCACCCCAUGGUUCAACAAAACUAUAAAGGAGUCCAGCAGUUUUUCCCAUGA